CCCCUUUCCUCUCUCCUCCAUCUCAGAGAAGGCAGGAGAUGGCAAGGUGACCCCGGGGACAAACACCUGCCUGGGAGCCUGCGUGGAUGCUGACUCUGGGAAUGUUGUGACUCUCCAGGGACAAGCAGGGUGGUCAGGUGGGAAGAGAGAUGGGACAAGGACAAAACUUGCCCACUAGUCACCUGAAUGCAAGCCUGACCAGGACAUUCAGGGUGGGGUGAGGGCUGGCUAGGCCGGGGCAGCCAUGGCAGCAGCGCUGACUUGGAUUCCUCUCCUUGUGGGUCUUCUGGCAGGGCUGAGGGACACCAAAGCCCAGCAGACCACCUUGUACCCACUUGUGGGCCGUGUGUUUGUGCAUCCUCUGGAACAUGCCACCUUCCUGCGCCUGCCAGAGCACAUCGCGGUGCCACCUACCGUCCGACUCACCUACCAGGCCCACCUCCAGGGACAUCCAGACCUGCCCCGGUGGUUGCGCUACACACAGCGCAGUCCCUAUAACCCUGGCUUCCUCUAUGGCACUCCCACUCCAGAAGAUCGUGGGCGCCAGGUCAUCGAGGUCACAGCCUACAAUCGCGACAGCUUUGACACCACUAGACAGCGGCUGCUGCUGCUGAUUGAGGACCCUGAAGGCCCCCGGUUGCCAUACCAAGCCGAGUUCCUGGUGCGCAGCCAUGAUGUGGAGGAAGUGCUGCCCUCCACCCCUGCCAACCGCUUCCUCACCGCCUUGGGGGGACUCUGGGAGCCAGGGGAGCUCCAGCUGCUCAACAUCACUUCUGCCUUGGACCGUGGAGGUCGCGUCCCUCUUCCCAUCGAGGGCCGGAAGGAAGGGGUAUACAUCAAGGUGGGCUCUGCCACACCCUUCUCCACCUGCCUGAAGAUGGUGGCAUCACCGGACAGCUCUGCCCGUUGUGCUCAGGGACAGCCUCCAUUACUGUCCUGCUAUGACAACUUGGCACCCCAUUUCCGUGUUGACUGGUGCAAUGUAUCUCUGGUGGACAGGUCGGUGCCGGAGCCCCUGGAUGAGGUGCCUACUCCAGGUGACGGGAUCCUGGAGCAUGACCCAUUUUUCUGUCCACCCACUGAGGCCACAGGCCGAGACUUCCUGGCAGAUGCCUUGGUCACCCUCUUGGUGCCUCUGCUGGUGGCGCUACUGCUCACCCUGCUGCUGGCUUAUGUCAUGUGCUGCCGGCGUGAAGGACGGCUGAAGAGAGACAUGGCCACCUCUGACAUCCAGAUGGUUCACCAUUGCACCAUCCACGGGAAUACGGAAGAGCUUCGGCAGAUGGCAGCCAGCCGUGAGGUGCCCCGGCCUCUUUCUACCUUACCCAUGUUCAACGUACGCACGGGAGAGCGGCUGCCUCCUCGAGUGGACAGCGCACAGGUGCCCCUCAUCCUGGACCAGCACUGAGAGCCCCGCCAGUUCAGUUCCAGCUGCACCCCUCAGAGCCGCUGACCUGUGACUACAUCCACCGCUGAUUCCAGCUGCUAGCCGACUUGGACCUCCUGCUCCAGACAGGCAGAUGGAUGGGGUAGUGGGGGGAGGGUGCUUGGGGUCAGCACCCAAGAAUAAAUACCGGCUGCUGUGUUCACCUAUUGA